CAAGUGAAUUUCAUUAUCGACUAUGGAAUAUGGAAUGUACGGACUCUGUACCAAACAGGUAAAUUGGCCCAGCUUCUAUAUGAAUUUGACUCGUACCAUAUGGACAUCUUGGGCAUCUCAGAAAUGCGAUGGGCAGGAAGCGGGAAGAUGGUUAGUGAUGGAAAGAUGGUGCUCUACUCUGGCCAUGCCCAAGACCAUGCACGUGGCGUGGGCUUCAUCCUCUCGCAACGUGCAACAACAUUAUUGCUGGCCUGGAAGCCCAUUUCAGACCGCCUAAUCUUGGCUCGUUUCCAAGCUAGGCAUGUGAAAGUCACAAUUCUUCAAGUAUACGCUCCAACAGAAGAGGCUGACGAUACUGACAAGAUGGUUUCUAUGCGAUGCUCCAGGAUCCAUGAUUUGCUGAUCGUGGGCGGAGAUUUCAACGCGUAAAUAAGCAGUAACCGGGACGGCCUGGAAUCAGCUAUCGGCCCGUUUGGAAUUGCAGCAAUGACAAAUGAAAACGGUGGGCGGCUGAUCUCGUUCUGUGUGGCAAACCGGCUGACCAUCAAGAACACCUUCUUCGGCCACAAUCGGAUACACAAGGCGACGUGGAAGGCCCGUGGCGGAUAUACAAGCGAGAUCGACUACAUCUGCAUAUCAUCCCGCUGGGCAUCCACCAUUAGUGAUGUUAGAGUGUGGCGUGGAGCCGACAUUGACUCUGAUCACUACCUGCUAAUUGCCAAAUGUAAACUUCACCUGAAGAGCCUCCAACCACGACUGCAGCGGCCAAGUCCUUUUAACGUUCAACGCCUAAAAGACGCAAAUACGCCAGCUCCUUGCUGCGGAAGGAAAUAA